AUGAUUAAUUUAAAUGAAGAGGAAAAACAGCAAUAAAGCAAACUAAUCAAUAUAUUUUUCCAGCAUGCGAAAUAAGGACUAAUUAUAUUGCUUAUGAACAAUUUAAUAAAGGAAGAAUUAUUCUUUUUAUAAAUUACUCUUUACUUAACAAUCAUAAUGCUAGCAUUCAAUUUUAUUGCGGCCAUAUUUUUGCUUUGUGUUAGGAGAGAUUUUCCUAGAUUAGAGUAUUUUCUCAUUUACACAUUGAAUCUGUUCUUAUUUUUGACAUUGCUUGUGUAUUCAAUGAAAUUCUUCAUUGAGCUUAAUGAUACGAAUAAACAGUUAUCCUUAUAUGUAAAAACUUACAUUUUGAUUUUGCUUCAAAAAGAAAUUGAAAUUUUGACAAUAAAAAUAUUUCCAUACGACAUAGCUAAUAGAUAAGUGAAUUGUUUUACAUCGUUCAUUUUUGUAUUUUUGAUUUUGUUAGAUGAAGAUCCUAUUUAAUGUAAACAGCAAUUUGCAGUUCUCCUACUUUUUCAUUUAAUAAAUCACACCUUUCAAUUGAUUCUUAAUACUUUAUUCAGUCUUCUAAUUUUGAAUCAAAAAAAAUAACAAAAAGAACUGAGAACAUUUUCAAAGUAAAUUAGUAUAUUUAUAAGUUUCUAGUAUACUUCUAAUUGUUUUCUUCAUGAUUCAAAUAACUUUAUUCAUUUUUACUAUUAUAAAGACAAUUCAAUUAAAAGAAGAGGAUUGUCCAUGUUUAUAUUUUACGAUUCAAUUUUAUUAAUGUUUUGCUCCAAUUAACUUUGUGGUUUAAAGGCACAUUAACAAAUUAGGAAACUAUUGAUAAAAAUAGUUAAAAUUAGAGUUCUUGUAAAACAAUAAUUCAUAUAUUUUUAAGAUGCUGCUUCACUUUAGAAAAAUAAUGCAAUUCAAAAGGAUAGACAAUCUUUCAAAAGUAUGAGUUCAGUAAUUAACAAUCCUAUGGAUAAUAGUGAAUGCAACUCAUAAGCACCAAAUUUUGGAAAAGAUGAGAAUAAAUAAUUGUAAAAAUUAGGCACGAGUCAAUUUGGUGCAUCCUAAUAUAAUUAAGGGAUGGAACAUUCUUGGGCCAAUGUUUAUCAUUAAAAUCCAUUUAAUUAAUAAAACAGCAAAGAUAAUAAUAAUAAUCAAAAACGUGAGAGUAAAUCUGUAGAUGAGAGUUUUAUAAGAUAGGAAGAAUCUCAAAUUCCAGAGAAUUUAUCUUAAUUAAAUAACCCUAUGGAUUCAGAUAGUUAAAUUCUCAAAUGA